AUGGCAUGGAUCAACGCAGACAAAUGCCCUAACCAGACUCUGUUCUAUUUCAUCAUGGGCUUGCUGAAUCUGAUCAUCGAUACAAUCAUCAUCGCACUUCCGAUGCCGUAUCUGAUCCGCCUGCGGACGUCAUGGCGCAAGAAGAUCGUUGUGAUUGUCUUGCUAGGAAUGGGUAUAGUGACCUGGGCUAUCACCAUCUAUCGCCAGAAGUGCUUGUGGGGUCUGAAUUGGCGAAAGGUCAAUCGAUACUCGGAUAUGGCCAUUGCCAUGUUCUUGGGUGGCCUCGAGUGCGCAGUCAUGAUCGUUGUGGCUUGCAUACCGCUUAUGCGUCCUCUCCUUUCGAGAAGCAAGGCUCGCAGCCCACCGAACCAUGGCGACAACCUCAACGAAGGGGCGCAUCUAGAGAAAGGGAACAAGAAGGCUCCAGCUAAGCUUCCCUGUUUGCUGGACCCGCCGUCCUGGUUCGACAAUGAGGACGACAUCGAUGCGCAGGUUGAGCUACAAGCGAAGAAGGAUGCGCAGGUGACGGAUGCGGAGUCUUCCAACUCUUCUCACAUCUCAGACGCCCCGAAAGAUACUGUCGCCGGCAAGAAGAUAUGGGCAGCGCCAGAAUCCUGGCAUGCGCCCGAGGGAGGUCGUAAGCCGAGUCUGCACGAGCCACCCAUUGUGCAUGCAGAUGCGCUUUGA